GCUUCCUCUUUGAAAAUGUUGCAAGUUUGCAAGAGAUCGUGGGAUUCUUCACUCGGCUGGUGCCCGGAGCCGCUCGCUGGUCGGUGGGCAUAGACUGGGCACUGGGAUCCCUGCAGCCCUUGUAAAGUUACCGGCAGUGCCGAGGGGGCUCCGCCGCACGUGACUGCCGUGGAUUUAGUGAGGUAGCGGGCACGAGCUUGGCACCUGCUGGAACUCUGCGGAUAUUAGGCGAGCCCCCCUCAGGAUGCCAUGGGAUGGGACCCGCUGGUGACUUGAAGAAGAGUCGCAUCUGUUGGUAGAAGAAGGGAAAGGGGCUCCUGCUUGGCAUUGGGGACACAUGCCAGUGUGCAUCUAGGAGGACCUGCUGGAUCAUGGGCACCGGAGUGUGCAGCAGGAGGCAGAAGAGUCUGCUCCACACCGGGUUGUGCCUGCUGGCACUGCUGGGGCUGGGCAGCGGGCUCUUCUUCUACAACUACAUGCUGAAUAAGGCCAGUGCAUCAGAGGCUCAGGCUGCCAGGUACAAGCAGCAGCAAGAGACACUGUCUGCCCAGCUGCAAGUGGUGUAUGAGCAUCGGUCAAGGCUUGAACGUUCUUUACAGAAGGAAAAGAGUGAGCACAAGAAGACAAAAGAAGAUUAUUUAGUCUAUAAACUAGAGGCCCAGGAGGCCCUGAACAAAGAGAAGCAAGAUUCUAUGAAUCGCUAUGGGGCUCUUAGUUCACAACACAAGAUUCUCAAGAAUCAGAAUGAAGAAAUGAAGAAGCAGCUGUCCGACUUACAGGUGGAGCACAGCAAUCUGAAGCUAGAACACCGCAAGAGCGACGAGCUGCGCAAUCAGCAACUGACCCAACUGCAGAGGGAGAAGGAGAGCGAGACUGCCGGGCUGCAAGAUACCAUAUUAAAACUGCGGGAGGAGAGUAAGUUACUUAGAAGGGCCCACCAGGAUGUCCACAUGCAGCUCCUCGGUGCACAGGCCCAGAUGGAGGAAUUUCGCCAGUUGAAGGAUGCUUUGAAGAGAAUGCCAAGCUUCAAAGACUCAAGUACUGACACACAACAUCAGCAAUCCCUGGCAGACACUAAAAAGGAUUUCAAAGAACAUAAACCACAGGUGCCUCAGAACUCAAAGGGAAGUAAGAAUAACGCAGAAGACAUCCCGGGAGGGCAUGUGAAGAAGCUGACACAAGGUCAACCUGAAGGACAAGAGAACUCCUUACUUCAGAGUCCCCCAGUACAACCUGCAUCCUCAAGGCUAGUGACACGAAAUGACAGCCGUGUUUCCAGAUUUACCAGGACAGUUAACAGUCUUCAGGCCCGCAGAGAGAAUGAGGACCAACGUGUACCACCACAUGACCAAGAGCUGAAGAAUGAAGUUGGUCAUGACCCCCCAGGAGUUAUGGAUAAAAAGACACCCACCGUGAAAGUUCUAGUUGCCAACGAACAAGUGCCAGUUCACAGUUGGCAAGACCUAGUUAACAAAGUGAACGCCAAGAUGACAGAAGCAGAGAAGAAAAAUGGCGUCCGUAACGCUGUCACAAAGUCUGACAGCCAUCCAACUGAAAAUCGGAAACAUGGGCUACCACAACAGGGCAACCACCAAAUGGAAGCAGAUGUAGAAGCAGAGAUGGAUGCUGGGAUGAUUGACAGAGAGGAGACCCUGCAGUCUCAGAAGCAGCACGUAGGGCAGCAUACGCUGCAGGUUCCAGAGGAAGUGGUUGAUCCAGCCAAAGAUCCCAACAAUCAAGGUGAGGACGAAUUUGAAGAAGCUGAAAUUGACAGACCGGAGUUUGAGGAGAAAGGGGAAGUGGGGAAAAAUGCAGUGUAUCAGAAAGCAGAACAGAAAGUGCUGUUCCUACAGGCAGCUGAUGCCAAAAUGAAAUCUAGAGAAGAGCCGGAAGAACCUUACCAGGAUGACCAAGAACAGGACAUUGAGGAACAUGGUGGUGAAACAGACAAUGCAGAUGAUCUGGAACUCGCACACAAUGAAGGAACAGAUAAGCCAGAUGCAAAGAACAUAAGAGAAGGAUAUUACUGAUAAUAAGAGCCUUGACGAGAACCAUAUAUGAGGAGUGGAACAAAGGCCAGAAUAAACAGGCCAUAGCUAGAUGCUGUUAUGGCUUUGGACCUUCAUCAGAGAAUCAUUCUAGACUGUAAAGGGCUCUGGAAAUAUCAGCACUGGUGGUGGACCUCUCCAUGAAAUAUGUCUUUCUCUGCUUUGUGACUGCUAAUGAAGAAUAUACAUAUUUUUCAUUAAUUUUAUGCAAGUCCUACCAUGGUCUUCAUCUCUUACCGAAGGUCUUGAACCAAAAUGACUGUGCUGAACUAGACCUGUCUGAUCUGUAGACCUAUUUUGUUGGUACAGACAAAAUGAAGAAUGUUAUGGUGUAAAAUAUAGGACAACGUUUUUAUAUGUCAUCAUAUUACCGACUAAUGCCAUUAAAAUUUUAUGACUUCUUCAUCUGUGUUCGGGCGGACUGCACAGAAAGUGCAAUGUUCUGCUUUUUAUGAAAACAUAACCAAGGCUUUUCCGUUGAUUAAAUAAUGGUUGGGGGAUAGCUGAUUUUUUUCUUCUCGUUUAUAAAUUGCAUUAUAGGAGGCUGAGUGCUGAACAUUUGCUUAGGGCAAUAUGUCUGCUCUAUUAUAUUUUUAAAUUUAUUGCCAAGACCAGGCUGCUUUUAAUUGGACAAAAGCAAAACCUUCCAUUUACACAUAUCCAAAAUAGUGGUUCCUUUAUUUUUUCAAACAUUUCACAUAAUUGAAAAAAAAGUAGGCUGACCAGGCUAGGGGCCAUCCACAGCCCUGCUGUUCCAGUAUCACUGCUCACUUCCCGCUAAUUCUGGUCCCCGCAGGAUCGGAUGUGGUUUGGUCCAGUGACCACUGUGGCCAAUCACUGGUCUCAGAGGUCACAGGUGCUAGAAUGCGAUGUCACUGCAGUCAGAUUCAGCCAAUAGUAAAUUAUAAAACAUCCUUCAAACAUUUUUGAAGUGACAUUUUCCAGACUUUUUUUCCCCUUGUAUAGAGGUUAGAUGGCACACCAAUUUUGGUGUUGUGGAUCUCAGGAUAUGGUUCCCAAGCCAGACUCCAUAAAUAAAAGUAAUUUCUUCCAAAA